CCGCGGAGAAGGAGAGCUAGAAAACACCACCUUCUCUCUUCACCUUUUAAAGAGGAAGAGCCAAAAGAAUACCAGAGCUUUUGCCUUACAAAUCUUCUUCGUCUCCAGACCCUAGAGAGACAAAGGAAACCCGGAGAUCUCUCAGCAAGUCGAUGCAGCUUUUCGAUAUUUCUUUCUUUUGCCAUCGCCGCAUUCGGAUUUCCUACCUCUCCGUCUCUUCAUCUCUGCAUCCUUCGUUGGAGAUCGAACGAGAACCGGGUCUCGACGCUGAUUAGGGAAGUUAGAGGGAGCGAGGGGAAAAUUCUGAGGAGAAAAUGGCUAACCGGAUGAAAGAGGACGAGAAGAACGAGAAGAUAAUCCGAGGGCUGUUGAAGCUUCCUGCGAACCGGAGAUGCAUCAAUUGCAAUAAUCUGGACAACCUGCACUUAUCUUCAGAAGGGGACAAUAUCCUGAUGGGGAAUCUGGUGUGGGUUGCACCUGCUAAUUAAUUAGCUGUCCAAUGGUAGAUAAAAGACAGUCUAUAAAUUGCUUUUGAGGGAGAAAUGAUUUGUAGCUUGUAUAAUGGAAAAAGGGGAAAAACUAGAGGACCGCAAUAUGUGUGCACAAAUUUCUGGACCUUCAUUUGUACGAACUGCAGUGGAGUACACCGGGAGUUCACUCACCGUGUAAAAUCAGUAUCAAUGGCUAAAUUUACUUCACAAGAAGUUAGCGCCCUUCAAGAAGGGGGAAAUGAGCAUGCCAGGGGAAUUUAUUUCAAGGAGUGGGAUCCACAUCGGCAUUCAUUUGCUGAUAGCAGUAAUAUUGAUAGACUUAGAAACUUCAUUAAGCAUGUCUAUGUGGAUCGGAGAUUUACUGCAGAAAGAAAUGUUGACAGGCCUCCAAGGAUGAAGGGUGUUAGGGAGGAUUAUAAUGAAAACAGAAAGAUGGAAUCAUAUCGCAAUGAUUCAAGAAGCCCGCCAUAUGAUCUAGGACGAAAUGGCGACAGAAAUUUGAGAUAUAGUUAUGGAGAGCAAAGUCCUGGAUAUGAUCGAGGUGAUCACAGAAGAAGUUCUGCUCGAUUUGAGGUGGUAGAUGAUAGGCUUCGAGAUGACAGAUUUGGAAAUGGAAACCAAAACUGGAGAUUUGAAGACCGUAGGCUUCCAGAUGCACCAAAGUCAGAGGGGAGGUCACCAAACCAUCAGAAACAUGUCAAUGUGACAAAUCCCCCAAUGAUACGCCCUGUAAAGGGUGUUCUAGGUGAUGAUAUGCCAGCAAUUGGAGUUGGUGACCCACCAAAAUCAAAUGAAGCCAGCUGUGAUAAUUCUGCACAGACACAGUAUCAUAUAUUCCAGGGGACCUCAUCGUCAAGUAGCCCAGGAUCCACUGAUGGAAAUUCAGUGCAAUUGAAGAGGGCAAACUCUGGAAAUUUGAUUUCUUUUAGUGCGGAUCCUGUGCCUCCUGCUGCUGAAGCACCGCAACAAGCUGUUCGUCAAGAAACAGCCUCUCCUUCAUCUGGUGGUGGAGAUUGGGCAUCUUUUGAUGUGACUGGCCAACAGGAAGCACCUCAAGUGGUUGCAAAUGUCAAUACUCUGGAAUCUGCAUUAGCCCAAUUAUCAAUUCCCGAAUCUGCGUCAGUAGGCAAUAUGUCAACUUUGCCUGUUCCUGGUGUUGAUUCCUCUCCAAAAACACAGGACGGAGCACAGUUGCCCAUGAUGCAACAACAACAGCCUUUGCUAUUUCCUGUUGCUGGCAGUCAGUCUAUUAAUCAACCAUCUAGCUUAUCUGCUGUUGGAUCUCCAAACAACCAGAUAUGCAGUUCAUCACCAGCACUGAACAUGCCUGGAUCUUUGUCUGCCCCAGCUGGUGCGCCACCUGGACAUCUAUCUCAAAUAGUCAUAAAACCGCCUCAAGAAACAAAUGCUGGAGUUUCAUCAGAACCCUCUUCCGCAGAUAGUAAAACCAGUGGAAGGAAAGAACUUCCAGAGGAUCUUUUCACUUCGCUCUUUUCAACAGCUUCUUUAUCACCUUCAGGCUAUCUACGAGGUCCCCAGCUUGGCAUGGGGUAUGGAAUGCAAUAUCCCACAGGAAUGAUAGUGCCAGCAUAUCCUCAGUUAGUGAAAUCAGCAAAUCCAUUUGAUCUCACCAAUGAACCAGCUCCACUUAGUGCUCCCAUGUUCCCAUCUAUGGCAUCUCUUCAAGGGUCAAUACCAAACAUGAGUGUUCCACGAAACUUACUACGCAGUUGCAGCUUUGGAGGUCCUUCCCCACGACAGAUGCCAUCACAGCAACCAUCUUAUCUAUCAUCCAUAUCUCCAAGUCUGUAUAUGAUGCAGCAGGUCCCAAGCAACAUGCGUCAUCAUGUACCUACCAAUAUGGUUCCCAUGGUACAUCAAGGAAUUGUAGGUCUUGGCAGUGAGGGAGCUGCUUUUGGCAGUAUAGGUAUUGAUCAUCAUCCAGCUGGCCGAUACUCCCUACCGAGCACCCCAAAUUCUUUUUCUCCUGCUGGAGGAAACCCUUUUGGAUAGAAAUGAGAAGUGAAGCCAUUGAUUGCUGCUUAUGCUGGCAAAUACUUAACCGAUCAUGGCUUAAAACCCACAUGUUUCACCAAAUCCUCUGGUUAACGAUUUAAAAACAGUCAGCCCUGGUGACAUGACUUCCAGUAUUUGGCCAGUGUGGUCAGAGCAGAAGUUCCAGGUUUCAUGUAAAACUAGCAUGAAGAGAAGGAAAAAGGCAAAUAUUUUCUGAUUGAAAGAAGGGAGCAUUAAGCAGGCUACCUAGUCAUUUUUCAGUCCUUAUUUACUGUAAAUUAUUGCGGUCAUGAGAUUGGAUUAUGCAAACUUUCAGGGCUGUGCUGUUUCAUUUUACAGUUUGUAGUCAUUAUGGGUCUUCCCCUGUUCUGCGCCCCCCUCCCCCCCCCCCCCCCCCCAAGCUUUUUUUUAAAUUUCCUCAUGCUGUUUCCUUUUCCGUAUGUAUUAUUGCCUGAGUCUGUGAAGGGGCUAUGUAACAUUAUGCCAGUAGAGUUCUCUUAUGUGUAAAUGGCAAAUCAUCUUUGGAUAUUUGUCAGUUAGCUAUGUAUCAGAUAGCUUUGAAUAUUUAUUGGAGUAAUCUUUGAAUGAUAAGGAAAUCGUAAGGUUUUCAGGAAGAUACUGGAUUCUCUUGAUUGUGAA